UUUUUUUUUUAAGAAUCCUUUUUCUCCUUUACUUUUCCUUUGGUGGGUCAUCUUCUUUUUCUCGGUGAUUUAGUUGUCCAGAUGACUGUCAAUGGCAUCUAUAUAUCUAUCUGUACCUUAAUGUUACUUUCCUCCGAGAAAUUAGCCCAUUGCAGAUUCCUGUUGCCGAGAAAGCUCUGAGAGAGAGGGCUCCUUUCCUGGAUCCACCCUAGAGGGCUUUUGCGAUUUGCCAUUUUGGAUCUCCAUGUAGUGCAGGACCCUUCUCUCCUUAGCCCAUUGGGGGUUGUCAGUUAACUCAAAGAGGGAUGAAUCACGAGAGAACAGAAGCGAGGAGGACCAACCGCCUGGAAUGUUACACCAGAGAGCGGCAUCACCGGAGCAUAUCGGGGAAGCUUGAAAACGUGAUGAAUAUUUCACCUCGUUUGUCAUAUUACAAUCCCACUAUCAAAAUAGAGAGGAGACUUCAUGGUCGAUAUUCAAUGAAUCUGCAAGAGAUGGUGUCUCGUUCCAACUCCACCACAUCAACUGCUUCAGUUGAAACUCCAACUUCCAAGUCUGUUGAAGAUUUAGUCAAUGAGAUUGCUACUCUUGAGCUAGAAGUUGUUCAUUUGGAACAGCACCUCCUCUCACUAUAUCGAACGGCCUUCGACCGAUAUUUGGUUAGCUCCCCGAGUGCUACUUACCAGGGAUUCAGGCCUCAUGUUAGAUAUCAUUCAGGAGAUCCAAUACAAGAUUCUAAAGUUGAAAUAGCACAACAGCAUUCUCAACCAAUAAAUUCCGAUCAACCGGAUGAAAAAACUUUUCCACGAAGACGUAGCCUUAGCAGAAGUAAGGAGAGCAACUUCAAUUCUAAGCAAUCUGGGCAAUCUCCAGCUUGUGAAGUACCAGCAGUCUCAGAUUAUAAAAGUGAUCUAUCAAAAAUUGUCUCGGGACAUUGCAGUCUUGCCGACCACCUGGGUGCUUCUAUCACCGAUCAUGUGCCCGAGAUUUCUUGUAAACUUUCUGGAGAGAUAAUCAGAUGCAUUUCUGCUAUCUAUUGCAAGCUUGCAAACUCACCAAAUCGAGAUGCAGAGCCACUGGCUUCACCCACUCCCUCCGUCUCCUCUUCAAGCACUUUUUCGCCGAAGGAUACUUAUGAUAACUGGAGUCCCCAGUGCCACUACGAAGCCACUUCAAGUCCCCAUCAAUUUGAAUCACUUAAAUAUAGAAAUGGUCCAUAUAGUGGCAUGUUUAUAAUUCCAAAGAUAAGCAUUGAUGCUGAUAGAUUCGGCUAUGCCUCUACGAUGCUGGCGAAUUUCAGGUCACUGAUACGGCAUCUAGAGAAAAUUGACCCAAGAAAAAUGGUGCACGAGGAACAACUUGCUUUCUGGAUUAAUAUUCACAAUGCCUUACUGAUGCAUGCAUUUCUAGCUUAUGGGCUUCAUGACAAUCAGAUGAGGAGUACGUACUCAAUUCUGAAGGCCUCAUAUAAUGUGGGUGGGCACUCGGUAAAUGCUCAUGUCAUUCGAAGUUCGAUCCUCGGAUGCCAAUCGAAUCGUCCACCAUUGUGGGUACGUGCGCUCUUAUCACCAAGAAAAAGAUUAUCGACGCCGAAUGGUAGGCAUCCAUAUGCUCUUCAUCACCCGGAGCCACUUGCUCAUUUUGCUCUCUCGACUGGAGCUUACUCAGACCCUGCUGUUCGACUGUACACAGCAAAGGGUAUAUAUCAGGAAUUGGAACUCGCAAAAACUGAGUUCAUUCAAGGUAAUGUCACAAUCCGAAAGCGAACAAAGAUCGUCCUGCCAAAGAUUCUUUAUUACUAUGCGAAAGACACUAACCUUGAAUUAUGCGACAUUGUGGAUAUGGUCUGUAAGUGCAUGCCUGAGACCAGGCAAAGAGCCAUUGAACAAUGUCUAAGAGAAAAAAUAGAUAAGUGUAUAGAGUGGUUACCUUAUAAUUCGGCUUUCACAUAUGUUGUGUACAGAGAUUUAGCCGAACAAUAAAGAUUGAUCCUUUUUUUUAUUUUGUGAAGAAAAAAUACUGCAACAAAUGAGUUGUGAAUUCCAUGCUCAUAUGGAGAACAAAGCUACUUUCUAUCACAGUUUUGAGUGCAGAGUUUGAUUA